GUUGUUUCGUUCGUUCGUGCUGCGCGUACGUUCGUGCACACAGCAGUGUGAUCUCUCUCCCUACCUCGGACAAGUCUACGCGACGCCGUCAAGGCUUGCCGGAGAGGUCACACCCCUCUUUCUUCAUCACUCUAUCCACGAUGGCCUCUUUCCUGAACCAAAUGGUUGUAAGGCACAGGGCGGGUGUGCGGAUCUUACCAGCCUUUGGGAACACCAGCAGGAGACUGCUUUCCUCGCACUACCAAGAGGCUCGCAACGUGAAGAUGAUGGGAGAGAGAAGGAGCAUGAACGGUAUCGACGCAACUGUCCGAAAUGACUGGACGAAGGAAGAGAUCAGGGAGGUGUACGAAAUGCCCAUGCUGGAGCUCUUGUACCGGGCUUCUUCGGUCCACCGCAUGUUCUUUGACCCUACCGAGGUCCAGCAGUGUACGCUCUUAUCCAUCAAGACCGGCGGCUGCACGGAAGACUGCGGGUACUGCUCUCAGUCCGUGCGACAUAAGACUUUCGUCAAGCCUACCCCCCAGAUGAAGAUUGACGAGGUCAUGGCGGCAGCAAAGAGGGCAAAGGAGGCGGGCAGCACUAGGUUCUGCAUGGGGGCGGCAUGGCGCGAGCUUGGCAACAAGAAGAAGGCCUUCAACAACAUCCUCGAUAUGGUUCGUGAGGUGAACGGCAUGGGUAUGGAGGUAUGCUGCACGUUGGGAAUGCUCAACAGCGAGCAAGCGAAGCAGCUCAAAGAGGCCGGACUAACGGCCUACAACCACAACCUGGACACGUCACGGGAGUUCUAUCCCUCGGUCAUCACCACAAGGUCUUACGAGGACCGACUGGAGACCAUCAGCAACGUUCGGGAGGCGGGAAUUUCGGUUUGCUGCGGUGGCAUCCUGGGUCUGGGGGAGGAGGAGAAUGACCGCGUGGGCCUGCUGCACACCCUCGCAACCCUCGAGGAACACCCGGAAUCUGUUCCGAUAAACGCUCUCGUGGCCGUCGAGGGAACUCCCCUCGCCGACGAAGGCAAGGCCGACACACCCGACAUCUGGGACAUGGGACGCAUGAUCGCGACGGCGAGGGUGGUGAUGCCGAGGACAAUGGUGCGUCUGUCGGCGGGGAGGCUGAGCUUCAGCGAGGCGGAGCAGGCGAUGAUGUUCAUGGCCGGAGCGAACUCUAUUUUCACGGGGGACCGACUCCUCACUACCUCGAACCCGGAGUUUGAUGCCGAUAAGGCCCUCUUCGCUAAGCUUGGACUGAACGGGAAGCCGGCUCACUCCGCCCCGCUUCAGCCUCCCGUGGAAACGUCUGAGCGAGUAGUUGUGACGCACCGUGAGGUGUUGGCAGCCGGAGGUAGCGUAAUCGACAUCGAGGAGACGCACGCUCUACCGCAGGCAGCAUGAGUAGGACGUGCUCUCGGCUUGAAUGUUUUGGCGAGAAGGGUAGAUAGAGCUCUCGUCGGUGUGAAGCGCUUGUAUUUGGAGGGGAGAGUCCCGUAUAUCGUGUGAAUGGAUGGAGUGUUGGGUGGGAUGAGUGGAUGGCUGAGAGUAGGUGCACAAGGCGAAGAUUUUGCAGAUUUGUCCGCUGCUUUUCGGGGGCAAGUUGGAGGAACCGCACAAGGGUAAAUGUUGUGGGAGGGGGUAAAUGUUGUCGCAUACCUGUCGCAAUAUCCGAUGGAUGUUCGAGUUGCGCACCGUGAGCGAGUGAUGGACACGCUUGCUUACCGACGCGGUCUAUGGACAGACAGGACGUACAGGGCUAGGGCCCAAUGGAAAUGGAAAUAUAAUAGGUUAGGAUAUUGAAUUUUGGAGCGAAAUCAAUGGAUUGAUGUCUUGCGGUGCGGGCCCGUAGUUGGGAAAUAUCACCAAUAUUUCGUUCAGAAGCUAAGGCAAGGUCAAGUUUUCACAAAAUUGGGGAAAAUGGGUUGAGACACGAAGCUAUAUUCAAGGAGAUUUGAAAUUUGAGCCUCGACCCGAUUUUGACCACGGUUCUUCUAUCUACGUACGGGCGAAUCUGUAUUGCCAAUGGGACCUGCCUUUAUUUUUGGUUUCUAUUCCUAACUAAGACGACAUGCACUCAUUAGUGCUGUUUCAGGUCUUAAUGGGCUGCCAUUUCGACGUUUUACUGGUGCUGUACCAUGCACUGCUACAGCCGUUAUAAUGCAUGAAGCCUACGGACGGUGUGUAUGAUAGUUGAACUGUUUCCCAGAUCUCGGUCC